AUGUCUAGUGAUACCACAAAUCAAUUCAUAAUUCAUGAUGCUAUCAAUGAAGGAAAUAUCUUGUUAGCUCAAAAAUUAAUUGAAGAGAACUCCAAUGUUAAAGAAUUAUUUAAGAAAGAUGAUGAUGGACGUACACCACUUCAUCUUGCCUGUUCAAUUAAUAAUUCAGAAUUAGUUAAGUUUAUUUUAUCUAAAUCACCUAAAUAUUUAGAUAUUGAUGAAUAUACAGAUGAUGCAGGAUUCACUCCAUUACAUGUUAUUUCAUCAGUUGGAAAUGUUUCAAUUUUUCAAUUAUUAAUGAAUUUAGAUCCUCAACCUGAUGUCAAUUUAAAAACUAAUACAGGUACUACAUGUUUACAUAUUGCUAUUGGAAAGAACAAUUAUGAAAUUAUUAAAGAAUUGAUUGAAACUUAUAAAGCAAAUUGUCGAGUUAAAGAUAAAAGAGGUAUAACUCCACUUCAUAGAGCAGCAGCUAUUGGAUCUCAACCAAUUGUUAAAUUAUUAGUUGAAAAGGGUAAAAUAAAUAUCAAUGCUACAGAUGCAGAUGGUCUUACUGCAUUAGAAGAAGCUCGUUUGGAAGGUCAUCAAGAAAUUGUCAGUUUUCUAGAAAGUAUGACCGAAUCAUAG